AUGUAUUUUUUCACGGCUCUUGUCAGUUUCCUCCUUUUCACUGCCGCAACAGCGCAGGGCCCAAGCGGCUGCUCUCCAACUCCCAACGAUGCUGCCGUUGUUGAAUUUGGCUGGGCGCUCAGCUCCUAUCUGGAUCAAUUCUAUUCACAGAAACCGUUGAACAACUCUUUCCUGGACAGUGCCCCGAACAGCGCAACCGCUGAAUAUGUGUUCAACCUGCAAGGCAUCCAGCGAAAGAACCUCCUUGCUGUACGCGCAGCCCAGAUCCUUGCCUCCCGGAUCCCCAAUGUCCCUCGCCCUGGGUGUAAUUUCACAUUCCCGACAUCCCCAAAUGGUCAGACAUUUGUCCAGAACGCUCUGAUGGUUGAACGGGCUGCUUCCGGCGCCUUCGUCGGGCUAGCAGCGUAUACCAGGUCGCCGGAGGUCUCCUUCCUGAUGUCCAGAUUGGCUGCUGAGCGUGCGGCCCAUGCUUACUACCUUGCUGCGCAGCAGAUGACCGCUGAUUUUCCGUCAAAUAGCACGUCCCUUAUUCAGGCGUAUUCGCCGCAGCAUGUGUUGAGAUCGGAUAACCGGCCUGGGAAUCUUGGGCAGUUUCUCCACGGCUGUUUGAAAGCGCCGCCGUCGCCGUGUGGCCUGCCACUAGGGAUUGGGCCGCUGGGUGGUAGCUUUGGACCAACUUCGGCGUCCAUUACUACGAUGCCUACUAUGUGUCCUUGA